AACUCUUUUGUCUCUCGUCCCCCACGAACUCUCUUUUUCAUUUUCGCCUUGGCCGAUCAGUUUCUCGGACUUUCUCGGCGAUUCUCCUCCCUGCGAAACAUUCCCUGGAAGCUUUCUACGCCGCAUUUAAAUCCAUUUGAUCUCCGAAGAUUCUUUCUCGCCAAAUCGAUCCCCGCACAUAGCUACUGGAUAUGAUAAUAUCUAUACUCUUCUAGUAUAUGGGCCAAAUACUGGAUGUUGGGCUGACGUCUUGCUGUUUCAAGGUUGAUAGGUUGGUCUUCGCGUUAUGUGAUGCCAGUUGCAAAACUCAAGGCCUCUAAUUAUCCAGAAUUAAUGAAAUCAGAGGAGGGAAAUGAUCCUGUAGACACUAUCAUCAGACAAGCAAUUGGAAAAGAGCCACUUUUGUCUUUCUCGAGGGCUGGGGACCGCCAAGUUCAAUGGAUUCAAUUACUUCAGCAAGAGCUAUCAGGUUGGCCCUUUUCCUCUCAGAAGGUGCAGAUGCAGAAGUGUGACAAGUGUUCUCGAGAAUUCUGUUCGCCCAUCAACUAUAGAAGACAUAUACGUGUGCACCAUCGGUUGAGAAAGCUUGAUAAGGAUUCUUCUAAAGAUAGGGAUCUGCUAGGAGCAUUUUGGGAUAAGCUCUCUUUGGAAGAGGCAGAGGAAGUUGUGUCAUUCAAGGACGUGACAUUGGAGGGAGUUCCAGGGUCUUCAAUUGUAAAGUCAUUGACAACACUUGUCGGGAAACAAGGAGUUCUUACCUUACCACAAGUAUAUUUGAGAGCUGGUUCUACCCUUUUGGGUGUUAUCCAAGCUCGACCUCCUAGGUUCCAUAUAUCAUCGCAGGAGCUAUUUGGUAUCCUUGAUGAUGCGAGUGAAAAAACGUUUCUGUGUGGAGCAGCGGGGUUGAUGCAAAAGUAUGUUUUUGAUGGGGAAGCUGGAAAGAGUGGCCUUGAAACAAAAAACUUAGUUGCUUGCACCAGCUUUUUAGUUGAACAGAAAUUGGUCAAAGCAUGGCUUGCUGAUAAGGAUGCUGAAGCUUUGAGGUGCCAGAAAUUGCUGGUGGAGGAGGAGGAAGCUGCUCAGAAAAGGAAAGCUGAGCUCUUGGAAAAGAAGAGGAAGAAAAAGCUCAGGCAAAAAGAACACAAAGCAAAGGAGCAAAAACAUGGGGAGAAAGUAGAUGCUAAAGAGGGAAUUGGCAAUACUUUGGAGACUGUACCUAUGCUGCCAGCAGAAACCUCCAGCCUUGCAACUGAUUGUGAUUCUGACAUGCCUGACCCAGAAAUGCUGUCAGAUCAAGUUCCCUCAUCUUCUGAACCAUUCCAACAUGCAAACUCUGAAGAAAUGGGUCUUGACUCUGAAUCAGGGUAUAGCUGUGAAUGUACUAGUCAAAAUGUUGAACGGCGUAUGGUGCAGGGAAGCGGUCGUCGGCAUGUAGUUGUUUCUAGAUGGCAAUUGCCACCAAAAUCACAAAGGGGAGUUCCCAAUGGUUUCCAUUCAGGUCUGAAUUCUCAAGCAUUAAAACUUGGGGCCAUGCAAAAGCAUGGGACCCACAGGGAUUCAAGGCCUGGUCCAGUAGCCAACGGCAAUAAAAUAUGGAGCCGAAAGCCUAAACCAGAAAUUGAUGGGGAGGUUUUGAAAGCCAGAGUACCGGAAGAGGCAAUAAACCAACCAGAUCAAAUUAAGAACCAUGAGGUUUUGAUUGGCUCUAUAUGUGUAACACUUGGAAAUUGUAGCCAAGAGGGUAAUAAUCUGGCUAGAGCUCGUGAAGAUUGUCUGUCAGAGCAACAAGUGCCAAAGAAGACUGAUAUUCAGGAGAAGCCCAUUAAUCCUGAUUCUUCUCUUCAGAGUGGCACAAAUCGAUCAACGAUUAAGUUUUGGAGGCCAGUGAGUCGGCAUGGAAGCAAAUGUCCAAUUCCAGUUCAGAAUGGUGAUGUAGAAUAUGAAGUGGAUGCGACUGCUGGAAAGGACAAUGAUCAACUCCCCAAGGAUCGUUGUUUAAGAUCCAAUGCGGUGAGUGAUAAUAAUGGUGCUGUUAAGAACAGUGUCAAACUUCUGGCAGAAAGUAUCCGUCCCGAAAGCUGUGCGCAUGCUGCAAAAGCUUUCCUUGCGCAGAGAUGGAAGGAGGCUAUUGCAGCCGACCAUGUGAAAUUGGUUCUUUCCUCAGCCUCUGAACCUCCAGGAUGCCCAGAGAUAGAAAAUGACUGUGAAGUAGUAGUGUCUCAACCGUCGAACUUCCACAAACGCAGCAUUCUUGGCAAUGCAGACAACCGAUUGGUUAAUGCAGGGGCUUAUCAGUCUUCAACCACCAGGAAUGUUAAAGAUAAGUACAGAACAAAGCCUGAAAAGGGUGUCAAGAAAAAAUACAUUCCCAAACAGAGCAAUGCAACCUAGUAAGGAGGGAGAAGAGAUGAGGUUUAUUUUUUAUUAUACAAAUGUGCACAGUUUUAACUCGCCAUCUUAUUCUUAGCAGAGGUUCCAGUUUUACAGAUGGUCUUCUGUCAGAAAAUUGAAAAAAAAGCUUUGCCGGAAAAUCUUUUUACAAUUCCGUUCUUUUUUCCUUUGGUGUCAUGGCAGAUUGAUUAGUGAGGGGUUUUUUUUUUUUUCUCCGCUUUUUUUCCUGUAAUAAUUCUGGUGUUUAAUUAAUGCAAAGGUAUUUUUCCCCCCCUUUAAUUUCC